AUGGAGGUGGAGGUGAAGAAGGUGAAGAGGGCUGUAAACGUGUUUGUGAAACAUCAGACGCUGCAAAGCGUCCGUUGUCAUGGUGACGGGCCUGCGCGACGCAGGAGGCGACGGUUUAACGGAGAGAGCGACGGAACCGAGCUCGUCACCGGGGACACGAGUGAGAGCGGAGCGGGUCACCGGCAGCUGUUCGACGCGCAGGUUCAACUGUCCAUGUCUCUGCUGGCAGGACGGAAAGACAUGAGGACAAACUGUCUGUCUGCUGAGGACGACAACACACACUGCAGCUCUACCAGCAGGUUGUUAUGUUUGUCGUCCAGCCGGAGGCAGCGGGAUGAUGACGAUGAUGAUGAUGAUGUCAGCAGACUUCCCUUCACUAUGGCGCCUCCGGUGGACAGUCAGAGCUCUGACAUCAUCCAACGUCUCACAGAGAAAAGACGGAAGAAACACGAAGACGCUCUGAAACAACUCAAUACUGAACUGAUACAACUCACUCAGGUGUAUGAGGCUCAGGUGAGGACCCUCAGUCAGGACCUGUUGUCCUAUCUGCAGGAGGUGGACCUCAGGUUGGACACACUGAAGGACAGAAUGGAACACCUGGAUCACGUCAGUCUGCAGGACGAGGUGCAGCAGGAGGUGAAGCUGAGGAAGAUGAGAAUCAUGGAGCUGAACAUCAAACUGACAGAAUGUGAGAGUCAUCAAAUCAACGAGAUGAGAGCUGUGCUCAGGAAGUUCUGCCUCCUGCUGGAGAACAUCGGCUUCCUGCUGCUGCCGGAUGUCCACAGACUGAUCCACUGCAAGGCCAUGAUGUUGAAUCAGUCUCUGCUGGUGAACCGUCGCAACGUGGCCCGACUGCUGCUGCUCCUCCAGGAGGAAACCCUGCAGCAGGGGGCACUGCUGCACCUGCACCGGGUCGACUGUCUGACCCGCUGGACCUGGACCAGGGUCACCGAGCUCACAGACCAUGUCAGGAGUGUGUGCAGCAGCGUUGAGGACCAGCAGCUGAUCUCAGGUCAGAAGAUUAAAGAUCUGACUGAACAACGUUGUGACAUCAUUGUCAGGAUCAGCUCCCUGGUCCCGCCCACCUGCUCCACUGCUCUGGUCUCUGAUUGGUUCAAUCAGCUGACAGCUGUCAAUCAACAGAUCGACAGUCUUCACGCUGACUUCCUCCAUCUGCUCCGUUGCUCUUAUGAGCAGACAUGGCAGCAGCGAUUGUCUGAGGUGGAGCGCUGUGAGGAGGCGCUGUGGGCUCUGCAGCUCCGUGAGGACGAGGUGAACAAUGUCGUCGGCUCUCAGCUCCUCCCUCUGACAGGGCGGAGCCAGAGUCAGGACGAACAGCAAUUGGCUGCUUUAGACGUGAGCAGUGACUCUGCGGCCCGUCGUGCUCUCAGCCUCAGUAGGUGUGUGUUCGUCAUGAUGAGAGGAGCGGCGUCGCUAUGGGAGACACACUGCCGGCGGUUAGAGAGGAGAGAAGAAGAAGUGGAGCGGCAGCUGGACGCCCUGCGGCGCUCGCAACAGCAACUCAUACAGAGUAAGAAAGUGCGACUGGACGAGCUUCUCGGUGAACUGCGUCAGGAGGGAAGUGAGGACGCUCUGAAGACCAGUCUGGACAGAACUGUCCUGCACCUGCAGGAUGUCAGGGACAGCUGCGGACAGUGUGUGUCUGAUCAAUGUCAGCUGUUGGAUCUUCUUCCCUCUCUCCUCCUGGACGAGCUUCUCUCCUACAGCAGCAGCCUGAGCUGCUUCUACCACCUGGGUCACGCCUACACACCGGAUCUGGAAGAACUGAAGAUCUUCCACUUAGGGACUGAAACACAGAAACUGGAGGAUAUGAUUGCCGCUCGUCCAAUCAGCUGUCAGAAUAAUGUUGUCCCCACCCAGCUGUCUCACGAUUGGCUGUCUGAGGCAGACUCCUCUCUGCUCUAUCUCUGUGACAUCAGCAGCUCUAUCAAGUUUACAUCAUCAAGGGGUGUGGUCUAUACUGGCCCUGCCUUCAGAUGCCCCGCCCCCGACCUGCAGCAAGAAACACACCUGAGCCUGUUUCCUGUAGAGCUGCUCACAAAAACACUGAGCAGGACUCGGACUCUGUUCGUUGACAACCUGGAGCAGCGUUUCCAUGACGUCCUCAGCUCGGCCAUUGCCACGGCAACAAACAGGAAGGAGGCGGUGCGCUCGGAGCAGGAGCUCCACCUGCAGCAGCUGAACCCCCAACACAUCCACACCCACAUAUACCAGCCCCGCCUGGCCGAGCUGCAGCUCCACCGGCAGCGUGUGGACGCUCACUGUGAGCAGCUGCAGGACGAGCUGAGCGUCUGCAGGUCGGAGCUGCAAACGCUGCAGUCAUCCGUCAGCAGGAUGAACCGGGAGUUCUCCGUCUCUCUGUCCAACAUGGAAGACGUCGUCCUGACGGCCGGCAGCCGCAAAAGGCUGGAGACCAUGAGCUCCGCCCUGCCAGACUGUCUGGAUCAACACAUCCAACACACCCAGCGCUGUCAGACCACCUUCAGACGGACGGUGCAGGUCAGACUGGACCACGUCCGACACAGAACCACACACCUGCUCACGUCCUUCAGGUUGUUCAGUGAAGGCGGAGACUUCGGUCCUCAGGAGCUGAGCAUGUUUCAGAAGAAGCUGAGGCAGCAGAUGAAACACGUCAGUGUGGCGGAGGAGAACAUGGCCGCCGAGCUGGAGGCGUUCGAGUCCCACAGUCUACAGCAGGUGAAGGAGGCGUCGGCUCAGUUUGAGGAGAAACUUUGUCUCCUGACACCUGAGAUGAAAUUCUCCAAGAUCCAGAAAAUCAACAGCAGCACAAGAGUUCUCACUAGAGCCGAGGAUGGGAAGUCCAGGAAGGGGGUCCGGUCUGCUCCAGCUCCUGGUCUACGGGAGUCCAGCAGGACCGGGGUGGAGCUCCUCGAUGACCCUGUCAUUGACCUCAUUAAGUCCCUGAACAGGUUCUGUGUGAUCCAGGACGAGGGACCAGAGACAGAGACAGACCUGGGGAACCUGUCUGUGGUUCAGGACCCCCUUAAUUCAUUAACUUUGGAUUUGAUCAGUAAUUAUGAGCGACAGCAGGAGGCGGAGCUUCUAGAGGUGGUGGGAGGAGUCAGGAAGAGACUGGAGUUGCGACUGGCAGACAGCGACCAGGAGAAGAGGGAGAACGUCGGUCGUCUGCGAGCGUCGCUCAGCGGCGACGAGUUGCAGAUGCUGGUGGACAGAGAGGAGGUCAGACAGCAGCAGCUGCACGCUGCCGUCUGCUGCUCACACCUGGAACUACAGGAGUGUGUGCGAGUCCGAGGGGAGGAGUUUGUGACAUCAAUGGCGUCUCUGACUGAGAAGCUUUUCUCUCAGCUGGAUGACCUUCUCAAACCUGCAGAAACGAAGGCAGUGUCACACCAGCACUCAGACGUCACUGUUACUAUGGAGACAGCAGCUGAACCAGGAAGCAGGACCUGGCCUGGUGUCUCGUACCCGUUGCCCUCUGACUCGGAAACAACAGCAUCCAUCACCACACCCAGGUGCACCAUGGGACAUGUGGUUGUUAAAGAGCAGAGAGACACUGCUAUGAAGCGGUUCGAACAGCUGUUCAGGUUGGAGUUGCUGCGUUCAGAUGACGACAAACGGAAACAACUGAGUGAAAUACACAACUGGAACACACACUGGAGACGAGAGAUACACACACUGACACUGACACACAACCACACACUGACACAACCACACACUGAGACACAACAACACACUGAGACACAACAACACACUGACACACAAACCAGACACUGUCCAACAAACCUACCAAUCAGGAACCACCAGCCCUCCAGCCGCUGUGAUGUCAUCAGAGUCCAGACGACGUCCUAA